AAUCUCAAACUUGUCGAUGCACUCAAGGAGAUCGCAGAUAGGAAGAAUAUAACCCCAGGGCAACUAGCAUUGGCGUGGGUACUAGCUCAAGGAGACGACUUUAUUGCCAUUCCCGGAACGAAGAAGAUCAAGUAUCUGAAGGAGAAUGUCGGAUCUCGAAAUGUCAAUCUUUGUAAGUACAUUGCCCUAAGACUUGCUACCGUGCUGACCAACUUUACAAUAUCAGCCUCGGAGGAACUCGCUUCCAUUGAAGGGAUUGUUAAGCGCAUCGGUGUCAUGGGGUCGAGGGGAGAGCACAGUCAGACUGAUGCAAAGAUACGUUGUUAUAGUAAUAAGCUCGAGAAUAUAAAGAACCAUUUCCUUAUUUCAGCUGAUUACUUGAGGAUCAGCCUGAAGUCGUGCCUGAACACUAGGAUCGAGAAGCCUAACAAUGCCUUCUCCUCCGAUGCAAGGCCUCGACUAUUAGACAGGGAUCCAGAGUUUGUCACGAUAUCACUCGACCCAAAGUGCUCCGAUGAAGAGUAUCGAGGAAGGGGAAUGCAGAUGCCUUCCUUGAUGCCUGUGGAGUUCGGGGGUCCUGCGUCACUAAAGCAAAUUUGUGGGCAUACUUUUCCGAUAGGACCGAGUGAAAUACCAUCUAGAGCAAAAUGUCGGAUAUCAUCUAUCGCUCAUUGGGAAGAAAUGGUCCCAAAGCGUCACCAAUAUCGACUAUCCCCACAGGGACUGAGUGCCUUUUACGGCAAUACCGUUACAGAUGAAGAAAGUCUCGAAGUACUCAAAAUGGCUGUCGACGAGGGAUGUACCUUUAUCGACACUGCUAGUGUAAGUGGGGUCUCCUAUCGACACUUGACUCAAUACAUCACCUCUAACGGCUUGUUAACCAGUUCUAUGGCCCACCACAGGUAUAUUGUGCAGGGAAAGAAUGAAAGACUAAUUGGACAGCUGCUGAAAGACCCAUCAAUUCGCCCGAAAGUGUUCGUCGGUACCAAAAUUGGUGGAUAUUGGGCAGAGGAUGGAUCCCUCCAAAUGACUGGCAACCCAGAAUUAAUCAGAAAAUACUGCGAAGAAAGCUUGAGGAAUUUACAGGUGGAUCGUAAUAUGCCAAUAGAGGAGACAUGGGGAGAGUUCAAAAGGCUCCAAGAAGAAGGAAAGGUUAAAUAUCUCGGUCUGUCAGAGGCUACUGCCGAUGAGAUUCGCAAAGCGCAUGCUAUUGCACCUGUCAGCGCCAUCCAAAUAGAGUUCUCCCCUUGGACCCCAGACAUCAGGGAUAAUGGCAUUCUCGACGUAUGUCGGGAGCUUGGAAUCUCUAUAGUUGCCUAUAGUCCUCUCGGACGUGGCUUUUUGACCGGUGCAUACAAGAGUCCCGAUGACUUUGAGGAAGGUGACUGGAGAAGGACCAAUCCGCGUUUCACGGGAGAGGCUUUUAAGGAGAAUCUCAAGCUCGUUAAUGCACUCAAGGACAUUGCCGAUAAAAAGGGAAUCACUCCCAGUCAGCUUGCGCUUGCAUGGGUUUUGGCCCAAGGAGAUGAUUUUAUCGCUAUUCCUGGAACAAAGAAGACGAAAUAUCUAAAAGAGAACAUUGGGGCGCGUCAAGUCAAGCUUUCUGAGGAAGACCUCAAAGAAAUCGAAACCGUUCUUGAAAAUAUCAAAGUAGUUGGAUCAAGUCUCAUUUGGCCUUCUGAAGUCAACUCCUACUCCUUAUCUCCUGAAUUACGAGUAAAAUGCGAAUAG